UCCUUGAGGGGGGGAAGCUCCAUGGCCGCUCCCUCCUGCUCUGCCCUGGGGCCCCCUCUGCCCCUGCGGGCGGCCCCCGCCCCAUGCCGUAGGUUUGUUCCGGAGGGGGCGGUGGCAGAGAGCGCGCGGGGCGGCUCCGGGGAGGCGCGGGGCGGGCGCGGAGCGCCGGUCCCCCCCCGUGGGCGCGGGUGGCGCGUCCCCGGUGACGUCGGCGGGAGGGUAUAAAAGGGAGACACGGCGCGAUACUCCAGCAGCUCAGGCAGCCCCGGCGGUGGAGCGGAGAGACGCGCGGCGCGGACCGGGCACAGGGACGCACGCAGCCAGCCCCUCCUCGCUUCAUCCCCAAGGACGCUUCGCCGCCGUCGCAUCAUCCCUCACCUCCGGCUUGCGCGUACCGAGCCGACAUGAUGUACCAGGGCUUCGCCGGAGAGUACGAGGCACCGUCCUCCCGCUGCAGCAGCGCUUCCCCGGCCGGGGACAGCCUCACCUAUUACCCCUCCCCGGCGGACUCAUUCUCGAGUAUGGGCUCGCCUGUGAACCCGCAGGACUUCUGCACCGACCUGGCCGCCUCCAGCGCCAGCUUCGUGCCUACGGUGACGGCCAUCUCCACCAGCCCCGACCUGCAGUGGCUGGUGCAGCCCACUCUCAUCUCUUCGGUGGCCCCCUCCCAGAGCCGCGGGCACCCCUACGGCGUCUCGGCGCCCGCCCCCACCACCUACUCCCGCCCCGCAGUGCUGAAGGCGCCGGGUGGCCGCGGGCAGAGCAUCGGCCGCCGGGGCAAAGUCGAACAGCUGUCCCCAGAGGAGGAGGAAAAGAGAAGGAUCCGCCGGGAACGGAACAAGAUGGCAGCGGCCAAGUGCCGCAACCGACGGCGGGAGCUCACCGACACCCUGCAGGCGGAGACCGACCAGCUGGAGGAGGAGAAGUCCGCGCUGCAGGCGGAGAUUGCUAACCUGCUGAAGGAGAAGGAGAAGCUGGAGUUUAUCCUGGCGGCCCACCGGCCCGCCUGCAAGAUGCCCGAGGAGUUGUGCUUCUCCGAGGAGCUGGCAGCUGCCAGUGCUGCCUCCGCGCUGGACCUGGGCACCCCCAGCCCCCCCAUGACCGAGGAGGCUGCCUUUGCUCUGCCGCUGAUGCCUGAAGCGCCGCCGGCCGUGCCGCCCAAGGAGACCAGCAGCGGCGGGCUGGAGCUCAAGGCUGAGCCCUUCGACGAGCUGCUCUUCUCCACGGGGCCGCGGGAGGCCUCCCGCUCUGUGCCCGACAUGGACCUGCCUGGGGCCUCCUCCUUCUACCCGUCGGACUGGGAGUCGCUGACUGCCGGGACCAGCGGUGAGCUGGAGCCCCUCUGCACCCCUGUGGUGACCUGCACCCCGUGCCCCAGCACCUACACCUCCACCUUCGUCUUCACCUACCCCGAGGCAGAAGCCUUUCCCAGCUGCGCUGCCGCGCACCGGAAGGGCAGCAGCAGCAAUGAGCCCUCGUCUGACUCCCUCAGCUCCCCCACCCUCCUGGCCUUGUGAAGGGCUCCAGCACUGACUGACCUGCUGGGCCCCCUCCCCUGCCCAUGCACCCCCACGGACUUGCAGCUGUGCCCCAUGGGGCUCCCCAGGCUUGGGGAGGGCCCUGCCACCGCCACCCCCUGUCUGGCCUGGCGCCCCGGGGCCUGGCAGAGCGUCAUGCACCGAGGUCUCUUACCUCUUCCAGAGAUGUAGCAAAUCGCAUGGAGUUUGUCUUGUCCCCAGUGGCCCAUCCAUGAGAGCUGGUAGUCUGUAGCAUGUCCCACAUGGCUGGGUAGGUGACUCCCUCCCCUCCUUAGUAUCACUAGCAUUAACUAAUUAAUCUCUUGGUUUUGAAUAAUUGGAAUUUAACCUGGUGCUGGGUAUCUCCAACUCGUAUCUAGUGCAGCUGAUUAACAAUAACUACUGUGUUCCUGGCAAUAUCGUGUUCUGAUGACUUAGCAAUGACCCAUCUUAUGUGGGGGGAAAGAGACUCUAUUUUAUUUUCUAGUAGGUAGAUAAAUAGCUAUAUCCAUGUACUGUAGUUCUACAUUGAUGUUCAUUGUAACUUUACUGAUCAUGCAUUGUUGAGGUGGUCUGAAUGUUCUGACAUAAGUUUUCCAUGAAAACGUUUUUAUUGUGUUUUUAAUUUAUUUAUUAAGAUGGAUUCUCAGAUAUUUAUAUUUUUAUUUUAUUUUUUUCUACCUUGAGGUCUUUUUUGACAUGUGGAAAGUGAAUUUGGAUGAAACUUAAGCAUUGUUUGCUUAUUAUUGUUCAGAGACAUUGUCAAUAAAAGCAUUUAAGUUGACUGCUGGAGCUAUCCUUGUGGUGCCUUUUGCACUUGUUUCUCUGCGACCUCAAAGGGGUUCCCUAGCCUCUAAUUUUGUCUGGGCUUUAUAAACUGCAGACAACUGCAAUCUGCCUGAGGCUUAGGGUGCAUCAGGGUGGGAAUAUAAUUUAGGCCAGCCCUGUCCUUGUCCUGGCGCUAGUCAGGGCUGGCUGUGGUUACACCCAUCCUGGUAGGCAGCAGGGUUGCUCCCUAUGGCCUUUCCCAGCUGAUCUGUCUAGGUCUGGUCCCCUUCUGUCUGUGUGUCACCUGCUGUGGCCUUUCACCAACCAGCUGGAGGUCUUGCUGGGAAGGUGGUGAAAGGGCACCUCUAGGCUGGGGCCCACAUGAUCAUUUCCACGUGCCCAACAGCCCAAUUUCCUUCUCUCUGGGCGCCCCUGGAUGUGGUCUGGUUCCUCUAGGAACCUCUGGCCUAUCCUCUUUGGACAUGAGGGGAGGAGAAAGGCUUGUGCACUCUUCAAUUUGGGCUGAGUGGUAUAAGGCAAACCACUGGCUCUUCAGUUUCUAGUAAAGCCAGCUGUGUCCUUAAUGAAUGAGUUAUAGCAAAUGGCACACACAUUCUAGGAAUGUGCUGCCUCCUUGGGGUCUCUGAAAAUGUGGUCUCUCCUGCAGCAUUCGUUGAGAGCGGCUGCUACCCUCUGUCACCCCUGCUACUUGUGCACUGAAAUGUGCUCUGCUGGGCAGGACAGCAGCUGGGCCAGAUUAUCCCCGCAUGCAGAGUAGUGGUCUGCUCCCUCCCUCAUGGCUACACAGGAAGGAUUGCCUGAGAGUGGCGAGGUCCCCCUGACAGCCUCCAGCCCUGUCACUCCAAUCUGAGACCUCCUUUCUCAAGGUGAAAGUGAAGAUGUCACCUGUGCUGGCACAUGUGUCCAGCCAAAGGCCAUCUUGACACCAUGGGCUCAGGGAAUCUUUGUAGGCAGGCAUUGAGGGUCAGGUUUCUGUAAAUCCACAUUUCCUGGUCACUGCAGCAGGCUCUACUUUUUUCCACCCCUUCCCUAAUCAGAACACACACAGGAUGUACCUCACCUCAGCAGUGAGUAUGGCAGCUCCAUGACUUGCUCAACAAGGCCUGCCCUGUGUAAAAGCAAAUAUUACAAGUGCAGUUUCCCAUCUUUCAACAUUAAUCUGUAGGCAGAGCUGACAAGUGAUGAAGACUAAUCCCACUUACUACUGAGAAGCAGCUACUUUCACGUUGCCACUUGAGUUUACACGGGCAACACCCAGGUGCAGCAAAUGCACAGUAGCGCUGAACCAUGAAGCAGUCAUGUAGGUAGGAGGUGAUGCUACAAGAGUCAGACUUAUGUGACAGGUAACCCUGUGAAGUCACUAAAUCUGGAAUCACAAUGUGCUGUCUUGCUGAAAGACCAUUGAGUUCAGAGCUUAACAAUUCAGGUCUCUGGGAGCCUAUGGUGCUGCUGAAAUCACCAGAGAUUCAGCAGAGGCAGAAAGGAACCAGGGGUCCACCAAGCCCCAAAAUAUCACACAGUUCCCUUAGAGUAGGUGGAGUGAUCCUGGCCCCAUCAUCUCUCAUGAUCACCAAACAGGCUAAAGCAAAAUCUACAGCUAAAUUCAGAGAGACAGCAGUCCUGCAACCUAACCAAGGCUUCUCUUUUUAACAGAAGUGAUAGCAAGUGCUAAGUCUAAGUGUCAGUUUUGCAUUUGUUACACAAAGAUGUCAGAUUCAGGGGUAGCACCACAUGAGACACGUCUAAUCCCAGGCUCCAGCCUUACUCCUUGCCUUCAGCCACAAACAACCCAGAAUUCAGGAUGCACUACAUAAAAUUUAUGCUGUGUUAUGAACGUGAUUUAUCUGCUUCCUAGCAUUGAGAAUUAUGUAGUGAAGUCGCACUUAAAAGAGGGGGCAUCUUGGCACUAUCUUCAGCUGAGGAAAAAUGCAGCAAUCUCUGCCUGCAAUGUGUUAUAAGCACGUGCUUCAAUUACAAGUUGUAUCUGAUACAUCACAUAGAUACCAGCGUAAAGCUUUGUGAAACACAACAAUGGAACGAGAUAAGACAAGUAGGGAGCGCUCGUCUUAUUUCUGACGCCUCCUGCGCUCCUGAUCCUUCUGAGGGCAGUAGUGUAAUUAAUUCUUAGAAAUGCAACUGCAACACAAUGCAAGGCACAGUGGAAUUAUUGUCAGGAAUUACAGAAAGCAGAGCUGUAAAACAACGUGAAGAUCCUCAAACGCGUUUACGGUAGAUUAAAGGAGGGCUGCCCCGCACAGCAGUACCCGGGUACAGGAGGGUGUUGCGGCUCUCGGCGCUGACAGCAGCCACAGUCCCGACACGCUCCUGUGCACACACACCGCCCGUUCCCCCCGCCUGCGGCGCUCCAGCCCCCGGGCCGCGGCGGGGCGGCCGCUGCCGGUACCUGAGAUCAGCGCGAGGUUCCCGAGUCGGGCUGGCCCCGGCGCGGCCCCGCGGGGCCCUCACGGCGGGCAGAGCGCAGCCCGGGCCCCGCCGCGCGCCCCGCCCCGCCGCGCCGCGCCUGCGCGCGCCCGUGUUUACUGUUUGGUUGCCGGGGCGCCGCGCGCGGGCGCGCCAGGGACGUGACGUGACGUCCCGCUCCCCGCGGGGCCGCCGCGAGCCAGCGGCGUGACGCGCGCGCUUCCGGCCGUGCCCAUAUAUGGCAAGGCGGCGGCGCCGCGCUUCCCGUGCGGCGGGAAGGAUCCGGAAGGCAGGGCGGGACGGACACCGGGACGGACACCGGGACGGGCACCGGGACGGGCACCGGGACGGGCACCGGGACGGACACCGGGACGGACACCGGCCGCUGGCAGCCUCCCCGCGGCCGGGACACCGCUCCCUGCCUUGCCCCACCUGUCUCCUCGCAGGCAGCCUGGUCUCCAUUGCGCCUCCUCUGGCGCUCUGGAUGCCUUUGCGGGGUGAGGGGUCGGCAGAAGGAACGGGGAUUUCACGCAGCGGGGCGUUGAGUCCCAGGCCAGCCCACACGUAACGGUUUGUAGCUCUCGCUGUCCCUAACUGGGCUUCCGUGGCAUCACCCGUCCACCUGGAAAUCUCCACAGUCAGCUCUGAGCUGGAAGAACUGAUCUGUGAUGGUGGCAAAACAAAACA